AGCGCUUCCUCGUUGUGCUGCGCGCUCUCGUCCGCCUGCCAGUCCUCCGGCUCUCACGUGUUUUGUGUGUAUAAAAGCGUCCCGGUGUGCUCAACAUGUCCAGUGAGUCCCCAGACAAGCGGAGGAAGAUGGAGUCAGCGCUGAACCAGCUGAAGAAACACACUGUGGUGGUGGCGGACACCGGAGAUUUUAACGCCAUUGAUGAGUACAAGCCUCAGGAUGCCACCACCAAUCCGUCUCUCAUCCUGGCUGCUGCAAAGAUGCCAGCCUACCAGCAGCUGUUGGAUCAGGCCAUUAAAUACGGCAUCGCCAAAGGCGGAACUGAAGAGGAGCAGGUGGCCCACACUAUGGACAAGUUGUUUGUGAGCUUUGGGCUGGAGAUUCUCAAGAAGGUCCCAGGCAGAGUCUCCACUGAGGUGGACGCCAGACUCUCUUAUGAUAGAGAUGAAAUGGUUGCCAAGGCCCUGAGGCUCAUCGCUCUGUAUGAAGAGGCCGGCAUCAGUAAGGAGCGUGUGCUCAUCAAGCUGUCAUCCACAUGGGAAGGAAUCCAGGCUGGCAAGGAGCUGGAGGAGAAGCACGGUGUUCACUGCAACAUGACCCUGCUGUUCUCCUUCGCUCAGGCUGUGGCCUGUGCAGAAGCAAAGGUAACACUUAUAUCACCCUUCGUUGGACGGAUCCUCGACUGGUACAAAGAGAACACAGACCGCAAAAGCUACGAGCCGCAUGACGACCCAGGUGUGGUGAGUGUGACCAAGAUUUACAACUACUACAAGAAGUUUGGCUACAGCACGGUGGUGAUGGGCGCCUCCUUCAGAAACACGGGUCAAGUUAAAGCCCUGGCAGGCUGCGAUCUGCUCACCAUUUCACCCGGGCUGCUGGCAGAACUCAACCAGGACCACAGCACCAUCUCUGUGUCGCUCGAUGUCGCAAAAGCCAAGGCCUGUAAUCUGGAGAAGAUCCACCUGGAUGAGAAGGGUUUCCGCUGGGAGCACAACGAGGAUCGCAUGGCCGUGGAGAAACUGUCUGACGGUAUCCGCAAGUUUGCUGCCGACGCUAUCAAGCUGGAGACUAUGAUCAAAGAGAAAAUGCUCAACGUGAAAAACGGCCAGUAGUGGACAGGCUGCAUCCGGCUGCAUUGACAUGUAAUGAGUUAGGAGCGUCUUCUUUUCGCUCCCAUUACUUGAGAGAAGGUCCAGUGCACCAGAAGGCCUUCCCUCUCAUCUGACCAAACUCCAGGGACCCCCUCCAUCCUGAUUGGACACCUUCCUGUCUUAAGCUGGGACUGACUGUGUGAAUUCUGACCAAACAUGACUGACUCUAAUGCCAGUGUGGAAUUACUGCGAAAUAUUUACUUGUAUUUGACCAGAAAGGAAAAAAACUUUAGAGAACAAAUGUCUGUAACACAUCAUGUGACUACUAGAUGGAAUCUUGAGCACUUUUUGGCAGGAAAGGACCACAGUCUUGUAAUUUAACACCAUGUGGAGAGGAGGGCAGAACUCUAUAAAGCCCAUUGUAAAAUCAUUCCUCAGAAUAUAACACUUUACUCUUUCAAUAAAAACAGUCCUAAUCUUUGCA